CCGCGCCCCCCUCCUCCUCUCCCCGUCCUCUCCCCGACGGCCCCCUCCUCCCUCCCUCCCCGCCGUGGCUGUUGACGUUUGAGGCAGGAGCUCAAGGGAGGGAAGAGGAAGGAAGAGCCCUGGCGAGGAGACCCCAGGCGAACGUCGCAGCGGCCUCCCCCGAGCGAGAGAGCGAGCGAGAGGGCCCAGGAGGCACCAUGGCGACCAUCCCCAUCCCAGGAAGCGAGGCCACAACGGGGGCUGGAGGACGUGGCCUGCUCCCCCGCCUGCACCGGGACGCCUAUGCCGCCCUCAGGAAGGACGAGUGCGAGGGCGUCCCCCUCAACACCCACUGGACCUUCUGGAUUGACAAAGCCACACGUGGAGCAACAGCAGCAGAAUAUGAAGCUAAUAUGAAGAAAAUUUAUAGCGUAUCUACUGUCCAGAGUUUUUGGUCGGUUUAUAACCAUAUUCCCGAUGUUUCGGAAAUAUCCCUCCGUUACUCCUACCAUCUGAUGCGUGGUGACCGUCGUCCCAUGUGGGAAGAUGAGGGUAAUCAGAAUGGCGGGACGUGGAGAAUUAAGGUCGCAAAACGAGAUACGUCGCGAGUUUGGAAGGAGCUCUUGUUAGCAGCUAUUGGGGAGCAGUUCGAGGGACACCUUGCUCCAGGUGAUGAAGUGUGUGGAAUCUCAGUGUCAGUUCGAGACCGCGAUGAUCUGUUGCAAAUCUGGAAUUACGAAAGCUCCUUGACAAGCCAGGCAACAGUCAUGAAGAAAGUGCAUAGCUUGGUUCCCGACGUGGUUUUCAGUGCAGAGUUCUAUAAGCCUCAUCAGACCCACCACGCGUACGAGGGAGAAAAAUCACAGUUAAACAGCAUGAUGAUAACUUCAUGAAGCUGGCAAAUUAUAGACCAUGUUCUGCUCACAUAAUAACUUUUAAACUAUUAGUAGUUAGCUUUUGAGUUUUCAGCUGCUCAUAAAACAGUAAUUCAUUUAUAUACAUUAUUAAUGAGAUGGGUGUUUGGGGGAAAAGUGAAGUUGUGGAAGUGACAGUAAUUUAAUGAUUGAAGGAGUUGUCAGACUGUGGCAAGAUGUCAGGUCUUCUUUAUAACCAGUUUUAAUGAUAGAUAUGGUCUGAUAUUUCAAACCUAGAGUAGUUUUUAGAUUUUCAAACUUUGUAAGUGAAUUGAUAGAGUUUAUGAUAUCUUCCAAGUGAAUGAUUUGACUGCUCUUUGAUGAGAUGAUGAUGCACACUCAAAAGACAUUAUAUUUAAUAUAUUCAAGGCUGUAUAAAGGGAAUGAAGAAUUUCUCGUACCUUGGGUGUAGUGUUUGAUAUUAUGGUGCAUGUUGUCUUUGCUCUGAAGGGUCAGUAUUUAUGUUGAAUAGGUGAAGCAUCAUCACAUCCAGGGAUUGAAUCAUGUUAAUCAAAAAACUAUGCAAAGAAGCCAUUUAAUGCAUAAAAGUUUACUAUAGAGUAAGAGGAAAAUACAAUUCACCUUUCAGAAAUUAUAGUCAUUUAACUACACUGAACACAGCACUGAACUAGUGCGACAUUAAAACAUUUUUUCUGUGAUAUUGAGUAAAAAAAAAAACAAAUGAAAGGAACAAGGCAGUUAGGAGAUUUAUAUUAAGACUAUUUUAUUCUUACAUACGAAUACACUGGUAAAAACAUAAAGUCAACAUAUAUUUUUUAACAUACAGCUCAAUUCUAAUGUUGCAUAAAACUUGUUUAGCUAGUGUAUAUGGUGUAAAGUUAGAUUUGAUAUUAGAUUGCAAAGAAGUUCUUGAUCGAUUCUUGUGUUCAACUGGCCUAAGGGAUCAGACGUGACAGGGAGCAGCAAGUUGACGCUGAUAGUUUCUUUAGACAAUAAGAGAAAAAAUAUAUACGUUGAGUGGGCUAGAAGCAAGAAGGUGAAUUAUUAAGUAUUACCUUUUAGUAUUACUUGGAGAAUGGUUGUGCAGAGGAAAACAUUUAAGAGGAAAACAUUUAAUGUGCAUGUUGAAAAGUUGAAUAUGAGCUUGUAUGCAAGAGGGAUAGAUCAGCCCAUUUUAUAUUAGAUCUUCUUCUACUUCUUCUUCCAAUCUAAUGGAUUUUAAUUUUACAGCAAGCGAAUGAAGGAAUAUUAACCCCACCCCAUUUGACAAGAAAACCUGCCAUGCCUACAGUUACAUACGUACAUUUAUUGUCCUUACACAUAGAUGGCUCCACAAGUACAUAAUCACCAAGGAGUCCGCUAUUAGUCCUGUCUGUCUCACAUGUUUACCUUUUUCCUUGAAUUUUGGAAAAUUUCUUUUAUACCAUUUUAUUGUCUAAUGCCAUUGAUAUUUUAAUAACAGUUUGAUAAUCAUAAUGUGAGUGAGAAUAAUUACAGUAUCAACAUACAUAGUGUUAGAA